AUGUCUUGUUGCGCCUCUUUGAUUUUCCUUUUCCUUUUCUCCUUUCUCACUAGCUUCAGAGUUUCCGCACAAGAUCCCACUUACUUAUACCAUGUUUGUCCGAAUACGACAACUUACACAAGGAACACUCCUUACUUCGCCAAUCUCAGAACCCUUUUGUCUUCCCUCUCUUCCCGCAACGCCUCUUACUCCACCGGAUUCCAAAACGCCACGUCGGGACAAGCCACCGACAGGGUCACCGGACUCUUUCUUUGCCGUGGAGACGUCUCGCCUGAAGUUUGCCGUAACUGCGUUGGCUUCUCCGUCAACGACACUUUAAAUCGGUGUCCCAAUCAGAGAGAGGUCACGCUCUAUUACGAUGAGUGUAUGCUCAGAUACUCUAACCGGCCUAUUCUCUCGAUCCUGAACACCAAUGGAGGAGUUAUCUUGGCUAAUACCCAGAAUAUUACCUCGAACCAAACAGGGUUCAGAGAUUUGGUCUUGUCCACGAUGAACCAGGCCGCCACCGAAGCAUCGCGCAGUCCUCGAAAAUUCGAUGCAAGAAACGCCAAUUUCACUGCGUUCCAGAGCGUUUACGGACUUGUACAGUGCACGCCUGAUCUGACGACCCAAGACUGCUUCAGGUGUCUGCAACAGAUCAAUAAUCAGUUGCCUGUUUACAGAAUUGGGGGAAGACUUAUUGUGCCGAGCUGUAGUUCAAGAUAUGAGCUUUACGCUUUCUACAACGAAUCCGCCGUUAGAAGACCUCCACCACCGCCGGUUUCCACUCCUCCGGUGUCAGCUCCUCCGCGAUCUGGGAAAGGUGGGAAUUCAAAGGUGUUAGUGGUAGCCAUUGUGGUGCCUAUUAUAGUGGCUAUUCUGCUUUUUAUAGGUGGAUAUUGCUUCCUUGCAAAGAGGGCAAAGAAGACUUACGGCACAACAUCUGCAUUUGAUGGAGACGAUAUAACAACGGUAGAGUCGCUGCAACUUGAAUAUAGAACAAUUCAAACUGCAACAAAAGAUUUUGCAGAGAGUAAUAAGAUAGGUCAAGGUGGUUUUGGUGAGGUUUACGAGGGGACGUUAUCGGAUGGGACUGAAGUUGCGGUGAAAAGACUGUCAAAGUCAUCAGGACAAGGUGAAAGAGAGUUCAAGAAUGAGGUUGUUCUUGUUGCAAAGCUACAGCAUAGAAAUCUUGUUAGACUUCUCGGAUUUUGUUUACAAGGAGAAGAAAGGGUACUUGUCUACGAGUAUGUCCCCAACAAAAGCCUUGAUUACUUCUUGUUCGACCCUGCAAAGCAAGGUGAGCUAGAUUGGAGCAGGCGAUACAAAAUCAUCGGAGGCAUUGCUAGAGGAAUUCUAUAUCUUCAUCAAGAUUCACGACUCACAAUCAUACACCGUGACCUCAAAGCGAGUAACGUUCUCUUGGAUGCGGAUAUGAAUCCGAAAAUCGCUGAUUUUGGAAUGGCAAGGAUCUUUGGAAUGGACCAAACACAGGAGAACACAAGCAGAAUAGUUGGGACCUACGGAUACAUGUCUCCGGAGUAUGCAAUGCACGGUCAGUACUCAAUGAAAUCUGAUGUCUAUAGCUUCGGAGUGUUGGUUCUUGAAAUUAUAAGCGGCAAGAAGAAUAGCAGCUUCUACCAAACAGACGGUGCACAUGACUUGGUCUCAUAUGCUUGGAGGAUUUGGAGUAAUGGGACACCACUAGACCUCGUGGAUCCACUUAUUGUAGAUAAUUGCCAAAGGAGUGAAGUUGUUAGAUGCAUCCAUGUCGGUCUUUUGUGUGUUCAAGAAGAUCCUGCAGAGCGUCCGACCUUAUCAACCAUUGUUCUGAUGCUCACAAGUAAUACUGUGACUUUACCGAUUCCAAGGGAACCAGGUCUGUUCUUCCAGAGUAGAACCGGGAAAGACCCGCUUGAUUCGGACCAAUCUACAACGACCAAGUCUCUUCUAGGGUCUGUUGAUGAUGCCUCGAUCACGGAAGUAUAUCCUCGUUGA